AUCAUCAUUAGGUAGAGGGUCAACACUCAUCACGGCGGCCGAAGAACCUUGGCUCCACGAAGAGGUCACCAUCGAACGCAACGCCGAAGAAGCUACAGCACGCGAAACAGCAGACGAACUCCUAGCAUUCGUGGAAAAUACCGAAAAGAAAUCAUCUCCAUGUACCGCCGGCGUGUGCGCGAACGCACGCUUGUCAAACACAUCCCACAUAUCAUCCAGACACGAAGCAUGUCGCCCAAAAGGGGCUUCUAUGGAGAGCUGCUCAUCCUUGUACACCUGCCCAGACACUACCGGAAACUGCUUCAACAUGGAGUCUCGAACAGCUAUCUGCACUUGCGCAUCCGAAGGCUUGAACGCGUGGUGGGAAACUAUGACGGUCAUGGCCAGAGCCUUAUAGCGACGAACGUAUUCUCCGUAGGUCUCGCCGUUGGAUACGCCAAAACUACGAAGAUCAUCAAUCCCCGAGCUCUUGUCUUGAGUGUCCCAGGCGGCCGCCAAUUUCUGGAUGAAGAAGGCGUACGUCGAGGGCCCUGCCGGUUCCUUGCGCAGAUGGUUUUCUACCUGUAGGAAGGUGGCAUCAAGAAAUUCCAGNAAGAAAUUCCAGCGUGGCACGGUUGGUGGUUUGGCCUUCAACGACAGCAGCACGGACACGUUUGCGCAACAACGGAAGCCAUCCGGUGACCCAGGUGGAGGGAUUGAAAGACUUCUUGCGCUUGACGUCGCUUUUGAUCUCUGUGACCACACCCUUGCAGCUAGACACGAAGCAAGCAAAUUCAUCAGGAUCAAGACCGAGGGGCAAGCGCGUGACACUAUCAAGUUGUUCCGGCUUCAGCUUGUCCAUCUUGCCUUGAAUGCGGAUGGUGUCGGCUUCCGCUGCAGCGGCGUCCGUAGCGUGCAGCGCCUCCUGCCUCGCUCUCGCUCCCGUGGAAGACAAAGGCAAACCAGCAUCGUCCUGUGGCAACGGUGAUUCCGCUUGACUCGGUGGCUCGACGAUGAGGCCGGUUGCAGAGUCAGGAUCAAUCAGAACAGACGCACGCUGGAGGGGGGGGGGGCGAUACCACCAAAGGCUGCUGCAACAGGGCUGGGGCUGUCGACGCUGACGGUACCACCGCACGCUCGACCGGUACUGUCGCCGACCCCGUGGCUGAUGACGAUGAUCCUCGCGUAGUCCUGACAGCGGUUUCCGCACAAACAUCGCGUCCCACAGGAUCUCCCGAAAAGCUCGAAGCGUGGUCUUGCAUCGGUGUCGGACGCGUUGGUGGGGAAGAAGAUGGGGCAGGUGGUGGCACGCGAGCGUGGGGGGGCACAGGAGGUUGUACAUUCGCGUCGGCAGCAGCAUCCACUACUUGAUUUGCUCGCAGGAGAGUGAGUAUUUGUUCCAACAGCAUUUCAGUACGGGAAGCCGAAGUCGAGGCGUGUGAUGCAGCAUGGCGUGGUGACUCAACAGGUCGUCCAAAGGCAAGGAAGAUGUGGGAUGAUCAAUGACGGCAUGGGCAGGGGCAUGGCUUUUCACAGCGGCUGAACGCUCACGAAGUUGCAUGUUGGCAAGUUUGAAAGCCUAAGAGGAAUUGGUCGGUUGACCUACAUCAGCGGGAGGGCGUAGAACAAGCAGUGAAGAACAGAGAGAACCGUCUUCUGAAGCAUCCUUGUUUUCCCCCAACAACCCAGAGCUGCGAAAAUCACCUCGAUCAUACAUCACUUGCCUGUUACCGUGGCCUGACCUCCGUCUUCCUUUUCCGCCGCGACUGCCGUCAGUGCUGGUCGCCCUGCUAUUGCCCCCGCUCUGGUUCUGGCUCCGGCUGCGGCUACGCCUAGACGGAGGCGUGUUUCUCCCACGACGGUCUCCGCUCCGGCUGCGCCCACGCCUAGACGAAGGAUUGGUGCGCUGUUGACGUUCUGCGCUCCGACUCCUGCUCCGGCGAUGGUGGCUCGCCGGCGAAGACCUGGUAGGCUGGUUCCCACGGCUCGCCCUCGCCUGAUAUCUCCGACGCCGCGCCUUCGCGAAGACUGGGUGGAGCGGUGGUGGUCGUCCGUCCCGCUCUUGGCCGUCGAAUCCCGGUCGCCCCAACGGUUCUUCCAGCUCUUGGACACCGGAGCCGCCGACCUACUGAAGUCCUUGUCCUCUCCAGAACUAUGCGCAGGGCGUGAAGAGGCCUGCCGGGGGGCUUGUAGAUCGUGCUUGAAGUCGUUGGU